AUGGCAAAUACGAAUACUACUAGUACCAGUUCUUCACUCGCUUCCUCAUUUCAUUCUUUACCUCCUCCUCCUUUUCAACGCUCUUCUCCCCGUCACCGUCAGUUGAGCUUAUCACAAGGUUUGCUUGUCAACCAGAUAACGAGUUCUCAGCUGCGGAUAUACACUAAAGUUUCAUGGUUAGACAAAUCGUGCCAGUAUAAGUUUACGAACGAAAGGCCGCAGUUAAAAGGGAGGUUCCAGAAACAACAAAAUGCUCCUUUUGUUGUCUCCGAGGAUCAGUCACAAUACGAUGAACUUAAAAUAGAUGCUUCAGUGCCAGAAAACGACAAUGAAAUUGCUCAAGAUAUCUCUCCUGCUAGCAACCCAUCUUUUCAAUUAUCAGGGAGUGACGGAAAACCAGGUUUAAUAUCAUUUUAUAACCGUCCAUACAGAAGAGAUGGUGAUAUUCUUUUCAAUCCAGAGAGGAGUCAAAAUAGUGUAUUGUGGUUUGUGGGCCCUGCAGUCCUUGUGGCUUCUUUCAUUUUUCCUUCACUCUAUUUGCGAAAAUUGCUUUCCAUCAUUUUUGAGGACUCUCUGUUAACAGAUUUCCUUAUAUUAUUCUUCACAGAAGCAAUUUUCUAUGGCGGUGUUGCUGCGUUUCUUGUUCUACUGGAUCGGUUACGGAGACCAAUACAGUUGGAUACUGCAGUGAAAAAUACUGAUGCUCUGCCCCCUCAACUGGGACAGAGAAUCUCUUCUGUUGCUACCUUAGUACUUAGUCUUGUAAUUCCCAUGGUCACUAUGGGUUUGGUCUGGCCAUGGACUGGCCCUGCAGCCUCUGCAACUCUUGCUCCAUACUUGGUUGGAAUUGUUGUCCAAUUUGCAUUUGAGCAGUAUGCUAAAUAUCGGAAGUCACCUUCAUGGUCUGCAAUUCCAUUAAUCUUUCAAGUGUAUAGGUUGCAUCAGUUAAAUAGAGCAGCACAAUUGGUGACAGCUUUAUCAUUUACAGUUAGAGGAGCUGAGUUGACCCCACACAACAUGGCUAUAAACAGCUCUUUGAGUACCCUUCUAAAUGUACUACAAUUCCUUGGUGUGAUUUGCAUUUGGUCCCUAUCAAGCUUCCUCAUGAGAUUUAUACCUUCUGCUUCCACAUCAAUGCAGUGA